AUGGAAUAUCCCCUGUAUGAACUGACGCCGGAAGGACUAGAGUCCUUGCGUCGGAGGAUUCCCUAUACUGUGGUGGAUCUUUAUCAUCUAUUCCGUUUGGUGCUGGCGGGUAACGUAACUCCUCUCAAGGCUCAAAUCCGCAAGCUCGCAGCCGGUACCCAAAUAUGCAACGAAAUGAUGCUGUUCCAUGCUCGAGAUCGGGAAGGCCGCAACGUAUUUCACUACGCCGCCAUAAGCCAGGACCUCAAAACCCUUACAUUCCUCUUAAUCCCAGCGGUCCUGUCCGACCCGCGAGCCCGCAUCAACAUCAAAAGAACCGCCCUCCUCACGCGGAAAACCGAAAAGGGCGAAAACACCGCCCUGUACGCCAUCCUCCAGCGCUGCCCACCAGAAUUCCUCGACCGCAUCGUCUCCGCCGCCGGCCGCUCCAUCAUCGAGACGACCACCACCAACGGCCUCGGCCCGGUGCACUGCGCAGCCAUGGCGGACGCGCCCGACCUCAUCAUCCACCUGGUCACCAGGCACAAGCUCGACCCCACGGAGCCCGUCACGCGCGCGCCCCGGCCCGAGGACCCGCCCUACCUCUUCCCGCGGCCCGUCGUCGGCGACACGCCCAUGCACCUGGCGACGCGGCACAACUGCGCGGGGGCGUUCAAGGCCCUGUACGAGGAGCUGGGCCUGGCCAUGGACUCGCCGCGCAACGCCGAGGGGAGGUCGCCGUUCGAGAUUGCGGUUAGAGAGAAUGCCAAGGCGGUGCUCGGGGUGUUUGGGCUGAGGAAGGCGGUUAGGGGCGUGCCGUUCGUGAAGCGGAAUCGCGGUGUGCAGUGGAAGCCGGAGAAGAGGGGCGCGGCGGAGAUGAGUUAG